AUGAAGAGAUCUACUUAACCUUAAAUUAUUGUUUCCCCUAUUCCAAAAUAAUUAGUAACUGAAGAGGAUGAUGACUUAAGAAAUCCUAUGUUAGAUUCAUUUUCAUAAAAGUCUUAAUCAUCAGAGCCUGGUCCAGCUAAAUAAAUGAAAUUAGUAUUAAUUUAAAACAAAAGUGAUUUAAGAAAAGAUCCUUUUAGAUAUAAUUAUUCGAUCAGGAAAAUAAAUUCGGAAUCCAAAAAAAUUUCAUGCUAAAAUAAGUAUAAACAAAUGGAUAGCUUACUCCCUUUAUUGAAAUUAGUUUAAUUAAAUUAAAGACAAAAUAAAACUGAAUGUUUUAAUGGAGAAGAAGUUACAAUAGAAUAAAAGGUUUACUUUAAAAAUUCUAAUGAAAUUCUAAAUAUUUUUCAAAAAGCUGCUGAUGGAGUCACUAUAAUAUUCGAAGAAACUGAUGAUGUUUAAGGCAAACAAAUGAAAAAAAGUGUUCCAAUUUCAGAAAAAAUGAUUAAAUCUAUGAAAGCAAUUAAUACCUUUAAGAAGGCUAAAUAUAAACUAAGAUCAUUCAUAUUACCUCAAGAAUCCUCGAAAUAAACUGAGCAAUAGAUUAUAUAUAAAUUACAAGUUGAGAAUUUUAAGUCUUUCAUUCAUGAAAAUACAAAUAUUAAAAAGAGUGAUCAUUAAUUAGGAGGAUAAAUAAUCAAAACAAAACCUUAAACUCAAAAGAAGGAUCAAAUUGAUUAAUCGCAGAAAAUAAUUUAAGAAAAGAAAGAAAAUAACAAAGUACCAAAACAAUUUUUUCUUUUUAUAAAAAAUUCUAAAAUAAUUUUAAAGAAGAUAUUAUUUAUAAUAGCAGUAUUUUUGAUAAUUUUCGUAAUGGCAUACAUUAAGACUUUAAAUAGUGUAACAAUUCAUAUAGAAGAUUUGUGAAUAAUAUUAUAUAUAUGUGUAAAUUUUAUAUUUAAAGCUAGUUAAAAGUGGAAAGACAUAAAUUUAAAUAAUUAAUAAAAUAACAUAAAUAAUUCGUUAAUAAUGAAUACUUUAAAUAACAUGACAAAUCCUUAUAAUAUGCCUUAAACACCAUAUGGUGGGAUUUUGGAUGCAGAUGGAUGUAGAAUGCUUGCUCGAAAGAUUUUCUAAACUUAUGAUGGUAAAAUAAUUGAAUAAUUGUGAAUAGUUAGUAAUAAAGGAUACAUAGAUGUUGUAGAUAUAGGAUCUAUGUUUAGUGAUGCAUAUAGAUCUUAAAAUAUAAUAACUAAGCCUAAAGUUAAUGAGACUAAUGGAUUUAUGAAAGCAAUUAACAGUAAAUUAACAAUAAUAUAAUUAUCUUAGAAACUGCAUAGAACAGAUUAACUUUGUAGGAUAUUGAAUAAUAUUGUUUAAAAAAGUUUUGUGGGACUUAAUAUUAAUUUAAGCAAUAAUAAUCAAUGAAUAAGUAAUAGUUUCUUAUUUAUUUUAGAUAACCAAAUUAUAUUGAAGAGCGUUUAGAAGUAGCUAGAACAUUAUUCAAAAAACUUGAUGCUGAUGGUUCAGGUUAUAUUACAGAAGAUGAAGUCUAUGAAAUUAUAAGAGAAACUUAUAGAUAAAUGGGUAAUUGUCUAUUUAAAUUCAGGUAUAAAAUAUGAACCAACAGCAGAUGAUGUUAGAAGUUGGAUACAUAUGACUGAUUCUGAUGGAGAUGGAAAAGUUACUCUAGAAGAUUAUGAAAAUUUAGUUUUGAAAUCUUUGUAAUAAUAAGCCAUCUCUUAUAAUUUGAGUUGA